GGAGCAACAGCGUCCUCUGACGAGGACAUAACGAUUAUCAACGCUGUUGCUGCUGCUAGCAAGCUCUAUAGGCUAUCACUCUAGGAGAGCCUCAGUCCGUCAGCCAGCCAGUCAGUCAGUGCCUGGAUAUCUUUCGUGACGUUCAAAAGCGUUUUUCUUUGCGUACACCAAGCGCGCCAUAUAUCCACAAUUAUUCUGUGUUAAAAGUGUGUUUCAUCCUCCAGCAAGAUUUUUGCACCCUCAACUUUCCCCACCCCGGGUCCCCCGCCGCCGCCGUGUUGUUCAUCCAGUUGGAAGUUGGAUGAGGAAAAAAGGAUGAUAUUCUUUCUGUUGUGUGUUCGGUUCUGGUUCGCGCAAUAGGUCGGUCUGUAAUGAUGAGUUCGGAAUUUUAAGUUAUCCAGGAAAAACUUUUACGCGUCUGCUACUGCUGCUGCUGCGGUUUCAUUUGUGUCGACGGUGAACGAGUAGAUCCUUUUUUUUUUGCUGGGCAGGGGGAAAAAGCAUUGAAAAUUCCCACAGUUUCUGAAAUAUUCAUCGCUCGUUUCGCGCAGUUAAUUGUGUGCGACUCUUUGUACAGCAUUUUUAAUUAGGAGAAAAAAAGAGGAGAAAAGUGAAAAGAUAGUCGAGUGAUGAAUGUGAAAAUCCAACUUUCGCGUUAAUAAUGCGGAAAAUUUUUUGGGGCUCUUUUGUCCGCAUUUAGAGGAGGAGAAGAGUGAGAAAAGGGGCAAUCAGGUACGGAGAAGGAGUGAAUUCGUGUAGCUCCAUAGUGAUAUAACCGUAUGAAAGUUUACUACGAGGGAAAGGAGAGAAGAGUAAAAAAAAGUGAAAAAAGGAAGCGUGAAGCUCGUGAACGUCGUGUACAUAUUCUGAAGAGCACAAAGCAACAAGUUUCAUUAACAAAGCGGUGUGUAUUUUUUAUUGAUCAAUUAAAUCGCUGCCGAAGCCUUACGGGGCUGUUUUGAAUUGAAUCCGUGAUUAGCACAUAUCGAAUAGCCAGAGAAACAAAAAAAAACUAAUAUUUCAAUGCUCAGCCAAUCAAAUUUAAGUGGAAAGCUAAAUUGAUUCCAAUCAGUGUCAGUGGCCCGGAAAAAGUUCCCAAAAGAAGAAAAAAAUAAAACAGGUAUGACGAAGAAGGACACUCGUCGUCGCAGCCAGGUGAGCCGAGCGGAAGUUGUUGGGGCCAUUCCGAGAGCGUAAGAGCAAUGCUGCUUCACCCUCCACCAGCAGCAGCGAGGACAACUUUGGCGAGGAUACUACACAGCGUGGUGCGAGAGAGUUCGUACGAAAGCCAUUAUCCAUCGUAUACACGCUGCUAGACUGACUGUAGUCUCUCCGUGCAGUUUUCACUGGACGUGGACAGGCAUUGAGCAGCCUCCCGCACGCCAAGGAGUGGGGCUCAAUCCGGACCAUCUUUCAAAAAUAUUAUAACCCCUCCUCGCCCCCCGAGGGAAUACCCGAAAAAAGCGAAAACCAAGAACGACGAAGACGACACAAUUCAACGAUAAACCCCGUUGGUAAUUUGCUGCUUGGCUGCUAUAGGUAUAAGGCGAGACCCAGACCCGACCCGACUGGCGGCCUUGUCAACAGCAGCAGCAGUGUAGAGUGAAGGCUGUCGCUGUAAGCUACCCGGUCAGUGUGUGUAGUGACGAUCUAGGAGAAAUACGGCAGAGAUGGCCAGUGGUCGAGCCCGGUUGCCACCGACUCCGCAGGCCACCGGCAAUGGUACUGGUACCGGCGGCGGUAGCGGAAAUGGCAUGGGAGGCAGCAGUUCCACCACCAGGCCGCUAGCCGAAAUGCACACCAACAACAAUACGUACGCCGCCAUGGUGGGGGCCGCCGUCGCCAUCGGGGACAAAACCGGCACCGGAUCCAUGCAGGAUAUGGCCGCUUCCCAUAUGCUGGACAACUUGACCGACCAGGAGCGGCAGAUUAUCCUGAAUGUGCUCAACCGGGACGAGAACGUGCGCCAGGCCGACGCGGCACGAAUCAUGCUCCUCCGGGCCGAACUGUUCUCGCUGCGGAAGAAGGCCAACGUCCGGGCGAUGGUCGGCGUCGGCCACGGUGGAUCGCUGGACCGGCCGACCUAUAUCGAGUCGUCGUCGGCGGCGGCGGCGACGGCCCGGUCCUGCUCCCGGUGCGGCUCGGAGCUCGGCCGGAUCAUCAACCGGGGGGCGCCGUGCCGGUCCUGCCGGCUCCGGGUGUGCAAGGGGUGUCGCGAAUUCUCCACUCGCACCACUGACUGGGUAUGCGUUGUGUGUCAUAAGCAAAUUGAGCUGCAGGCAGCCAGUGAAGAUUGGAUGAGUGAUUACGCCGACAGCGACGUCCGCCGAACCUCGGUCAUCGCUGGGAAGGAUUACCUGCCCGCAUCGGAUUUGAUCAGAAAGAGCAUCCGGCGCUCCUGGACGAUAUCCAAUGCGGAAGAUGAGAAUCGUCAAUCCGAAGGAGACACCGACUCACAGCAAUAUACACAUUUACCUCGUAAGCAAUCGCAGAGCAGUUAUCCAUCCCUGGUAAGAUACCCGUACGUGAACCCCUGCACAAUGGCCGACUACGCACAGGAAGACGAGUUCGAUAACGAACUCCACCCGCCGAUAGGGCGCCGAAUGCCAAGACAAUCUACGCUCCCGAAUCCCGAUGCCGGAAUGUUCUACGGCAGCAACAACAACCUGAUGCCACCAUCUGUGUCACCGAAACAGCUCAGCCCCAGUCCCCAGUACAGUCCGUACCACACGGACAACGAGAACGACGAUGCGGACCCGCAACCGCAAACUUCCCCAAUUGCGGCCCGAUACAAAAUCCGAAGACAAUCAACACUACCUUGUAGGCCAAAUGAAAACCACGAAAUAGGACCUAAGCUACUGUCCACUUCGCCAAACAGUAGAACAAACCUGUACAGUCGAUCACCGGACAAAUCGGACGGUGAUCAACAAUCCAACAACCCGAGAUAUCCACCGUUUGUACGUCAGUCAACUUUUCCAUCCAACUCCAGUGAUCCAUUUUUCCUGCAAAUUCAGGCUCAUUCACAGCAACAACCACCUCAACCCGGCCAACAGCGCCAACUGCCCACCUCACCCAAUCGGAUGCUAUUUAACAAAUCCCCCGAUAGUGGUGCCGAAUCGGCUGGCGACGGUGGAAGCUCCGGCAACUCGUCGAUACCCCGCCGUUUUCAAAUGACCAGGCAAGCCACACUACCUAAUCCCGACCAGCACGUGAAAUUGCUUCCUACCUCCCCUCCCAAAAAACAGCUCUCACCGCACAGUAUCAAACGCUCACCAGAGUUUGCACGCCAAAGCACACUCCCGGCACCAGACAGUAUGAACUCGCUCUCGGUUCAUCAGCACGGACCAAAAUUCAUGCCUAUCUCACCAAGACAAAAGCAAUCUUUUUUAUUUCCACAACCAGCACAACCUGCACCACGUCCUUUUCUCUCACAACAGCAUUUCCCAACGAUGGCCGAUGAGCUAUCGUCGUCGACACCUCAGCAAAACCCAAGCACUCCGAGUGGUAGUGUCGGUGGCACCGGCGGUAGCACUGGUGGUCCACAUCACGCUUCCAAGAUGAUCAAAGUACGUAGCCAUAGUAACGAAGAGUACAGUCUCAAUAGAGGAGGCGCAGGAAUGCCAAGCGAAGGACGCAGGUUGCUGCCCGAAAUUCCGAGCAAUCGUUCGCCAAGACUGGUACGUCAAGAACACGUUAGAGAAGACUCAGUAAACUCAGAAAAACGAUCUCCCAAACAGAAAACUUUUGCCGAAGCCAAACAGGCCAUGAUGGACGACUACGACCUAACGAACGACUCGACCACGCAGCUGCACUUUGACGAAGACGAGGAGGCCAGCUUCUACAACAACGAGGAAAACUACGACACCUACAACAUCGACCGGCGCCUGCGCUCCAGCAUGGUACCGGCCAGUACGAUCAAGAGCGCCGAGAGCUUCCUGAACGAUUCCAGUCCGGAGUACUUCUGCCCGGAGGAUUACCUAAAGCAGGGCGGCGUCGUCGGCAGCGGCGGCGGUGGCGGCGGCGGUGGCGGCGGCGGUGGCGGCGGCAUCACCAGUAGUGGUAGCAAAAAGGAACGUCUGCGACGUCGGAAGUCGCGGGAUCUGCCGGUGGAACCGGAAACCGUGGCCUCGUCCAACGAGGACGAACCCAUCAAGCGAAAGCCGGAAACGAUGCGAUCGAUUUCGGAGGACUCGCCGGGGAACAAGGCGGUGAAACCGACGCCGAGGCGGUCGCUGUCGCACCCGGAGAAGGAUUCUCAGCAAAUGCCGAACGCCCGCAAGACGGAAAUCUCCAAAAUCCCCUCGCCCCGGCCGCUCGCCGAAAUACUGGAACGUGCCCAGAAAUCGAUAAAGCUACCCUCGCCGCGCCGCAAAGCGUUCAAAUCGAUGGACCAAGCGUGCGAAUCGGACAUCGUGGCAGCCCUCAACCAUCCGUUCCUGCAACAACAGCAGCAGCAGCAGGCCACGUCCGGAACGACACCGAACGCUUUCACCGGUGGCGGUGGAGGUGGCGUUUCGGCGCAAGGAUCACCUAUGGGGGGCAGUUCCGGGGCCAUCGCACGGCCCGGGCCGCGCAAGAUCUCCGCCUUCCAGCAGAUUCUGCAGAACCAACGGUUGCAGAAGCGCGACUCGAAGAGUUUGGACAUCGUGGCGUCCAAGCUGAUGGAGGAGAAGUACGGCGGCUACGAGGAAGCCGACGAGGACAAGUCGAAAUCGCUCGAUGAUGGCAUCUUUUGCGGUGCCGAUAAGAACAGCGACGACAACAGCAGCGACGAGCAGAUCAAUUUGAUUGAUAAGAAGCACAAAACGUAUCUCGGCGAGCAGGAGAUCCAGCAUGCGGUCGAAGCAGCUGCCGUCAUCUUCAAGAAGGUGGUCCUCCAGCGACGCGAGGAAAAACGCACCAAAGACGAAGGUGCUGCUGACCACUGCUUUGGGCCCCGCCACCCUCACCAUCCGCUGCCCUUGGUGUACCAGAGCAGUCCGGGCACGACGAGAAGGCAAUUUUCCUACGACGACCCAACCGCAGGCUCAUCAUCGUCCGAACCAGACAGCAACAACCUGGCCAAGCUGCCGUUCACCGAUUGUGAUGACUACCGGUUGGUGUUUAUCAGCUCGGAUUCGUCCAGCAAGGAGGAGGAGUAUGACAGUAGCUCGACUACUUCGUCCGUCUACACCCGGCACAGUAUCGCCCUCGAUGAUUGUGACUGGGAUUAUUUCGAGCCGGGAAUAAGCACCACCACCAAAACGUUGCUGUAUGACAUAAGCGGCGGGAACAAUUCUCAACAACCACACAGGAGCACUCCCCGGAAGAGAUCCAUUUUACAGACGUCGCCACUCACAUCGCCCAUGCUGUACCGUAGAAGGCGAACGAGCGGUCCUCUCUAUCCCACGGCAGCAUCCUACGACACCGGGACGGAUGAUGAAUUUUUAACCUACACCGAGUCGUCCUCGUCGCCAACGAGAAGCGAAGGCUUUUUGGAGAACUUUGAAGACUUCCGCAACCUGCAGAAACUUAAAUCCGGUGCAUGCAAAUGUGACUGCGGCUUCAAGACUCACUACGUGCCUAUUCCUGUUCCGGUGCCGAUCCCCGUGCCAAUGUCCACCUACCAUAGCUGGUCCCAGAAAACGCCGAACCCGGACCAGCUGGACACGAUUCUGCGGGAGCAAAGCCAGCACGAGCUGAUCCGUCAACUGUGGCGGAAUUGUACCGGCAGCGAGGGGACCCUUUUCGAGUUUAAGCCCAACCAUAACGGGACCUGCGUGCAUUCGCCGUCAUGCUGCUGCCAACAGCAUAGCACACAAAAGGGAAUGAAGAAACCUAACAUUACGGCGGCCAAUCGCCGGGAAAUGGACCGAAAGAGUUGUUCUGACGAAGCGAGAGAACCAUCCGCGGCGGUGGUUCAUCAUCCAACCAACGAAACCUACGAAAGCAUUAAUGCAGAAGGAAAGAUACGCGGCGGCGGCGGCGGCGGUAAUGGAAAUAGUAAUAAUGCCAUCAGUGAGGCGAGUAGUUGUGCUAGUGCUGCGUCUGUUGCUCCUCAUAACGAAAAGUUGUUUCGCAACAGCAGACACGGCCCCAGUCCGAGCCCAAGUGAGGCUGAUCCACUGGCUAGUACCGAGCUGACCGUUGCUGUCAACGUUGGUCUGAACCACGUAGCUCCACCACAAUCGGCCACCAGCGAUCUUGCCACGGCUGCACAAGGAAGAGACGAUAAAGCAUCGGGAAACGUCCGCGAAUCUGCCGCCAGCGGUUAUAAAAAUGCGCUGACCUCGAGCGUCGCAGAACAAACGCAGAACUUCAACAGCAGCACCAGUAGUGGUGACGAAGAAAUAUGUGAAAAGCCCAAAAUUAACAAAAGAAACCCUAUAGUGCACCACCGUCGCAGCAGCAGCAGCAACAGUCACGAUGCCAUUAAAAAUGAACAACCACUUGUGAACGUGCAAGUGCAAAAACCUGUACCGAGACCGCAGCGUGGUGUGAGUGAAUCGGUAAUAACUGUACCACCACGGCGCGAGAAAGAAAAACAUCAACAACGCGGCAGAAAAAGCGAAGAAGAACUAGUGAACCAGUCGGACAGCAACGAAGACGACGACCGCAGUGGUAAUGUAAUAGCAACACUGUGUAAUACGUGCAAUGAUACUGUCGUCUCCGAUGCUGUCGUUGCUAAUAGUGUACGCUCACGCAAUGACACGGUAUUGGAAGUGACCACCGACGAGUGCAGUGGAAAACGGGAAAACUAUGCGGAAAACACCAGUGGUACGCAGCAGCAAAACACAACCGGGGACGAGUUGAGGGGUGACGAUUGCAAUUCUUAUCAGUCGCUUGAUAACGGCAGUAUGAUAACAUCGGGGAAGACCGGAGAUGUCAAAACACCUUCUCCGUCGUCGCCGGUUCAGGUGGACGGGGAGUUAAAAGGCUACCUGUUGUCCGAGUGCCAAUUCAGUUCAUCCGAAUCGUCAGUGGCCAGUAGCGUAGAUGACCAGGACACGAUCGAUAACCGAUCGAUGAAACCUCGUUCAGUGCAACGUAACUACGAAGUCAACAGCGAGCCCGUACUGCUGAAAGUGAAAGGUCUGCUAAGCAGUGGGGAAAAUACGGAUUCUUCAACGUCAUACAGUUCGUCCGAGGGUACGGACACGGACGAUACGGGAACCAUCGCUGACCGAAGGCCCAAAUCGAAGAAGUUCCACCAGGUGUUGAUCGUCAAUACGGGCUCCGACGUCGAGUCCAGUGACUCGGACCUCUCCAGUGGUACCUCGUCCACCAACUUGACCCAAAGUGCCAAAUCUGCCAGCGCCAUUACCCAGGACAGUGGUAUUGUGUUGAAGCACAUCCGCCUGGUUACCUCGGACGAUGAGAGGCGAAGUGAAAGUGAAGAUUUCAGGGAACGGAUUUCAGCUCUUGAAGGCCAACUAGAAUCAGUGAGAAUGGACCAGAAAGAGGACUCGAGUGAAUUGUGUACAAAAGAAAUUCCCGAAAAUAGCGCAACCAGUACUCUCGCUGUAAACGAUGACGAAAGGGUGGAAACGGAGGCAGAGACAACAUCGGAAAAAGUUUCCACGCCGACAUGUAUCGAAAGCUCCGACUGUGUAGGUGAUCCCAGCAUAGAGCGAGACAGCCUCAGUGGGGUGGAAAACAUAAAAUCGCUCGGACAGGUAACCGCAGAACCGAACCACCACAAUCAAGCACCCGACUCAACAUGUGGCGAAGGUGGCAAAAAUGAAAACAAACACACCGAUCAGUGUGAAGGUGAGCCAAGCCAAAGCAUAGCAGAAGAAGUGCCGCCACAAAUACCACCACCCCCCGUGCACGAUCGCAACACCGUAAACUCGCCAAGCAACGCAACCUCCUCAGUUGUAAACGAACGAUCGUCCAACACGGAUGUAAAUAACUCUCAUGUAGCAGCGACCCAUGCUGCCAACAAUCGAUACAAGAGUUUAAUUUUGAUUGGCUCAGACAACGGUACGAUUUCAAUGGCAACCGAAUCACCGUCACCUUCGUCGCUGACGCUGGGGAAUGUCGAACUGCAGCCACACGUGAGUAUCGUCACUAGUCACACGACCCGUAUCGUGAGUAGCAGUGACGAUGACGAUCAGCAGCAUCCGCCCACCGCGUCCGUCACGGUAAAACACACCAACUGGAUCUCGAGGGCGAUGCAGGAACAGGAGGAAGAGGACGACUACGGCGAUGACGUAGUCCUCUCGUUAGACGACGAACCCGAUCGGUCUCUCGAUCGCGGUCUGGCGGGAUACUUCAACUUCUCGCUAGAACAGGCAUCGCCGCAAACCAACAGGCGACCCGUGAAAAUCACAACGAACAACGAAAGUGCAAUAACUAGUGUAGUGUCGGAUAGUAGUGCUAGCGGGAGCGUUUGUGUCAGUGUUCAACCAAGCAAUAGUAGUGAUCUAGAUGAGAGCCUUAGUGAAUGCAAUGUAUCAGAUACACCGAUCGCCACCAGUGAAAGUGGAUCAGUGAUCAAAAGUAGUCAAAGCGCGACGGCGAUCGAGUGUGGUGGUAGUGGAAGAAGUAGCCGCAACAGCAACAGUAGUGGUAGCCUGAAUAACAGUAAUAAGAAUGAAGACGUAACGGUAGUCACAGGUGCGGAUACGCUCUCGGCGGUAGUCUGUCUGGAAGACGGUCUGGCAGAUGAUGAUUCGUGGGUGGAAGAAGUGAGUCAUGAUGAAGAAGAAUUCGCGACCACUACGGCAACGGAGUCCGAUAUGGACGACUCCGGGGAAGAAAUUUCGCUGGGUAUCGAUCGGGAAGAAGAGCUUCGCGGGUAUCACAGGGCUGCGAUUGAUUUCACUCUGCAUACUAUCGUGGAAGAAAGCUGCGAGGACAGUGAAGCUGAGUCUAAUCGUACGUCGGGGUCGAAACAGAGAAAUCGAAUAUCCGCUUCCGAGUUGGAAAAGUAUUUCUUCUACGGGCUUGGGGAUGGACCAUCGGGAUCGUCCAUUCAAAACAUCCGAGAUGAUAGCAUUUCGGAGAGCAGUUCGGUGUGUAGCGAAGGGCUGGACUCGCUUGGAGCUGCCGAGGAAUCACUGGGAACUUCUACGGAAUCCGCUGAUUUGGCAUCAUCGCGACUGGAGAAGUACUUCCUAACAGGAUUCAUGGGAUUCACCUCGGAGCGCAACGAAUCGGACGGCAGUGGAAGUGUUGGCAGCGAUAGCGAAGGACAUCCCAGUCCUGAACAGAGACGGAAACGCCUGGUAAGGGCUCGAGGUGCCGGAAGAUCGCAGAGUAACUCUUUAGAUAAUCUUCUUACCAAGGAUUCUGAAUGCGAACAACACUCAGGUGAUAAUCACGAGGUUUUGGAUUCCUCUGAAACGGACACCUGUGAUGAAUCAACGAAUCAAACGGAUAAGAACGAAAGUUUGUACGAUACUGCGAAGCGAAAGAAGAAAUUCUCCAAAAAGACUGAUUCUGACGACUCAAAGAAGCACGUCGACAUCCAACAGCUAUCACUUCCGCACAAAUCGGAUAAGGAUUCUGAAGAAGAAAGUCGCAAGACUCCGCAACCGGACUUGCAGUUACCUCCAACGAACCCCCUGUCAGAAAGCAAGAAACAGAACAGCCGGGACAGCGGAUUCAUUGGUAGCAAUGACGAUUUACUCAAAGACGGCGAACCGGUACGAUCUCCAGAGCUUAAGUUAGAACUCGAGGAAAUCCAGGAGGAGAACAAAACUGAUGAUCUCAAAGAAGAAAACAGUUCCUAUAAGGCUGCCCCUUCGAGCGGACCCCCUCCUACCAACCUAGUGCGGAAGGAUAGCUUCAACAAUUGGAGCUCGGAUGAGGAGACCAAUCUGAUGAUGUCCAAAAUGAGACAGUUCUUCAAGACGUUGGUCGUAGCUUCGGCAAACAGCAGGGCUGCUUCGCGCAACUCCACACCGGCCGUCAGUGAAUCCAACACUCCAAAGCACGGAACUCCCGUUCCGAAGGCUCGCAGUCGUAGCAAACCACCGCAGCUGGUGUACUUCGAGAACGAACUGACCAGACUGAUGAAAACCGUCCCAGGAAUACGGGACGAGCAGGUGCGAGAGAUUGUAGAAUACCUUAGCAGUGAGGACACCUGGUCGGAUUCCUAUGAUUCCUCGGACUACACGAGCUCGGAUCUAGAAGGAGCCGUGUCGCAAAAAGCCGUACUUCAACAACAGAUUUCAGCUAGUUGCCAACAGAUUAUCAAUAAGUUCGAUACGUUAGAGAAGGAUGAGGAAGGCGAUAUGGGAGAUGGUGGGCUGAUAGAGGAACCCCACACGUUGAAUAAGGAAACGGCUUUCGUUUACCAGCGGUUAGUGGCUUCGCUGUCGAAAAUGACGAAAGACGAGGAAAAGCCGGUUAGCGUGACCAGUUCACCGCCGUUGAUUGCCAAAGUGAUGCACCACAUUGGAAGCCGAUUGGUGGCACUGAUGCAUGAAGUCAGCAGCGGAGAAUCACAUGCCAGUGCAUCGCCAAAAUCUACCACUGCGAUGCGAUACCAUCAGCGGAAGGUGCAGCCGAACAUAUCGGCAACAACUACCGAGGACGAUGACAGUACCUCGGAAAGCAACAUGGAAAAGAAUGAGGACUUGGGAUACAUGCUUCCAAGGAGUAAGAGCCAUGAUUUGCUUUUAGGGGAUGCAAGACCUCAGCAUCAUCAGUCUUCCAAUAGUGGGGAAAUGGCGGGAGAAGAGAAGGAAGCCAGCGACUAUGAAAGAUUCUCCUGGAGAGGAAGUUUCGAGUCGGCAUUGCUGGCUAAUGGAGAUUCCCGAUCGAAGCUAUCGAUAUUGGAUAACUCCAGCUCAUCGAUCUCCGCGCUGGCUGCGAAGCGUAGAUCAGCUGGAGACUUGCUGUUCAACAAUCAGAACCUCAGCCGGGAGCAGCUGGAUCGUGUCCGUAGUUGCGGCAGUAUAGGUGGCGAACGGGAAGACUUUGAAUCGUCUAAGCUUUGGGGAUCCUCACAGAGUCAGAAAACACCCCGGAGGAGGUCCAGCGUUGCCGACGAUACCGAUUCGGAUGAUUCCACGCGGAAUGAUAAUCGAUUAGCAUCACGUUCGACACUGCCUCGCAGCCUCCAGAAUGCAAACUCGACCGUCAACACCAAUUCGCUGCCUCGUCUUCCAACGUCCAACAUGCAAACAAUUAUGCAAUCAGCGUCGUCCAGCUCGGCGUCAACCUCUUCGGUAAUGCAGAAAUCGCAUAGUGUCUACCAGUUUCUGCAGAACAACGUCAAGAGUGCCCGUUACCGUGCACCCGGUUUCAACCACAGGCCCCCAAGUGCGCCGAAACGUGCCGUAUCGGCACCUGGCCUGCAGCAGCCUCCGUAUCCACGUCGAGAACGACGUCGAGUUCAGAGCAAUCUCAGUGAGGAAGCCGGUACGCUAGAGUCGGGCAGUUCGCCGCUGAUCGGCGGAAGCCGCAAUGACGCCACCGGUGGAAGCAACCAGGAACUAUCCAGCACGGGCGGCGGUGCCGCCGGCGGAAGCAACGGCGGAGGAGCUGCCAGCGGCGGUGGAAGCGGUUCCGGCGGAGGUGCCCACCGUAGCAUUGCCACUAGUCCAAUCGGGUCGACCGCCUCCGAGCACUGGCCAUCGCAGUCCGAAGAGGACAUCGAUCGGUUGGUGGCCCAGCACCAGAACCGGGCGUCGCUCAGUUCGCUGGGACCGCGGUCCGAUUCGAUGGCUUCGGUGUACUCCGGAGCCGGCGAGGGACGCUACGGUACUGUUACGGUUCGCGGCGGGAUCGAAUUCGGCAUGCAGUACAACUACAAACAGGGCGCGCUGGAGAUCCACAUCAAGCAGUGCAAGGACCUGGCGGCCGUCGAUGCCAAGCGGAAUCGAAGCGAUCCGUACGUGAAGGUGUACCUCCUGCCGGACAAGUCCAAGGGUGGCAAGCGAAAGACCAAAGUGAAGAAGCACACGUUGAACCCGGUGUUCGAUGAGGUGCUCCGGUUCCACAUGUCGUUGAGCGGUCUGCAGACGCGGACCAUUUGGCUGACGGUGUGGCACUCGGACAUGUUCGGGCGGAACGACUUCCUCGGUGAGGUGAUGAUGGGACUGCAGGGCAAGGUGUUCGACAAUCCGGCACCGCAGUGGUAUCAGCUGCAGGAGAGGAGUGAACCGUUCGACGAUCUGUCCGCGUACAAGGGAGACAUCAUCGUCGGGCUGAAGUACAUUCCGCCGGAUUCGGAGGGUGGAACGCCGCAGCACCAUCACCACAACGGCAGCGGUAGCGGGACGUUGAAUCUGCGCAAGUUCAGCACCAGAUCCAUCACGUCGACGUCGUCGAACUCGUCCGGUCCGGGAAGGGGCGCACUGCACGUGCUGGUGAAGGAGGCGAAAAAUUUGCAGCCACUGAAGGCGAACGGAACCUGUGAUGCAUUUUGUAAAAGUUAUCUUCUUCCAGACAAGAACCGCAGCUCGAAGCAGAAAACACCGGUGGUGAAGCGGGCCAACUCGCCGGUCUGGAACUACACCUUCAUCUACGAGGACGUCUCACUGGCCGAGCUGUCCGAACGUGCGCUGGAGCUCACGAUAUGGGAUCACGACCGACUGGCGAGCAACGAGUUCCUCGGGGGCGUUCGCUUCUCGCUGGCAACCGGUAAACACAACGGCCGGCCGGUCGACUGGAUGGACUCCACCGGCAAGGAGCUGUCGCUGUGGCAGAACAUGAUCAACAGACCAAACUUCUGGGUGGAAGGUGCCCUAGUGCUUCGGCCCUCGUUAGACAAUGCUAGAUUUACGUCAUAGGUUUGCGAAAGCCCUGUAGAACAAUCCGGGGAAGUCGCGUAGUAGUGGAUUUCCCCAAUUCCCUCUCCUCACACCCAUUUUUAUUAUUAUUAGAAGAUGAUAUCAGAGUAAAUAUGAGAAAGAAAGAAAAUCAUUCCAACUUUGUGAUGUUGCUUUACAACAACCUAAUCAUAGAUUGUAAUCCCAGAUGUAACUUUUAGGAGUAGUAAGUGAUGCCGCGACACUAGCAAGCGAGAGAGAGCAUUUUUGAUUACCUAACCUUAUGAACGACAAUGAUGCUUAAUGAUGAUCGGUGUUCAGAUAGGAAGAAGAUGAGAGUAAAACUAUUGGAAGUAUACCUUUUACGGAUGAGUAAGUUUUUAUAAACUUUUUUUAUUUUUUCGACACUAUACCAUGAGUGAUUGUUCGUCUUGAAACUAAAGAAAAAUCAGAAAAUCAGAAAAACUCUUUUUGUGUGUAAAUAGGCUAGAUAUACACAUUAAAGAACAAAGUAUUAUUUAUCGACAAAGAACACAAAUCAAGCAAAGAGAUUCUUCUUUUCCCUCCAUUUACUCUAAAAUAGAUGUGAAAUGUAGUUCUCUACACAAAUAUUUUCCCCACGGGAAGGAGAGUUUGGGGUCCCAAGUGUGCCCGCUCCUUCCCCGAGACUCUUAAUGACCGAAACAAAACAGAAGUUGUGAACUUUUCCGCGAGCGUGUAAAUACUUAUAUACAAAGAAGCCAGAAAUCACUAUUUUCUAACGCUAUGAAUCUUUACUGACAUUCAUGUUGGAAGCAAAACUCCCAGAAGAAGCUGCGUUCAAUGCAGAGAAAGAGAGUAGAAGGAAGAUAAUUAGUAUCCACACUUAAGGAGCUAGGUCAACACAAACAAAACUUUUCAAACUUUUCCGUUCCGAAUGAUUACCAUGAAAGGGCGAGUUACAAGUAGAAACAAAAAAAAGUGUGAUACUGUCAGACAGUGGACUUCGUUGCAAUAUAUACACUUUAUUACGAUGGACGAUGAAAUAGAAGAAAAAUAGCUGGAUUAUUUUUACCCGACAGGAAAGGAUACUUAAGCAAAACGCAUAACCUAUUUACCAUACACAGAUAUCAGCGAUGAAUUGAACUUUUUUGGGGAUUAAGUGGCGACGAAAGGAGCUGAAGGAAAACCGACUGAUCGUGCGCGGGGAAUCUUAAUUUGUGGGGAAAAGUUACUGUUUGACAGUUUGACAGAGAGAAUUGGUUGUUGAAACACUAGCAGUUUAGCGCGUGAGCGUGAACGAGAGCAAAAUGAGGGACGGUGAAGCAGAAAAGACAACUCUUAUGAACAAACAAAAAAAAAACUUAGAAAAACAGAAAGUAGCAUAUAUAUAUUGACAUUGAAUUUAAAGCGUUUCUUUUUCCAAGUAGAGGAUUUGAACUUUUUCGACGAGUAAUUGACAGUUAUAUUAUAAACAUAUUUGAUGAAGAAACCCCGAACAGAAAAAAACGUAGUUGUAGCAGUAGAAUUGGUAGUUGUUUACGAACAGAAACUUAGGAAUCGUGAGCCCUGGGCUGUGGUACUUGACUGAGAGCGAACUUGCAUCAUUUGAUUUUCCCUAUCUGCCAAACAUCUUAGAACUUUGGUUUCGAACGUUCUUGGACAAAGUACUGCAGUAGCUGGGGUGAAAAUUGUGGAAGAAAUUUGUAGCGAACCUAGCCGUAACAAAUUAGGGUUAGGGGAUGAUUGUACAUAGGACACUCUUGGGUUAAUCCCUGAUUUCGUUGUUCCCACCUUCGACAAAGGUCGUCGGUGCUGGUCGGUUUGAGGAUCAGCCUGCAUUCCACGUUAACGUUUUAUGAAGGAAAAAAAGAAACCGUUUACCUAGGAUCUCGAGUUAUAUAUUUCCCGGAAGCCCCAUUUCCUUUCAGCUCUUUUGAUGUUUGUGACCAUUUAACAUAAGCUGUUUUGUCUGAGAAAGGGAAAGACGCAUCUAUAUACUGUGAACUGUUUCUUCAUAUUUACAAUCUGUUGAGUAUUACUAAUCUACUUUAAAAAUGAAAACUCACUUUAGUGAUAAACAAAUAAAAAAACACUAGGGCCAAAUUUAAGCUCACAUAUUGAUAUGAAACAAAAGACAUACAAGUUCUUCUCCAAUCUAUGACACGGAUGCUCAAUUAUAUCAUUUAUAGUUAAUGAAAUUAUAACUGAAUAAAAAUGCAUGCAAUUCUAAUCUGUAAGCAAAAAAAAAAAACAUUUCGUACUAACUUCUUCUAAAACGCAACCUCUGUGCAAUCGCAACAAAAAAGGAAAAUCGAAGAGCGAGAAUAGAAAACCACUGUGUAAUUCUUAUGCUAGCUAGUAUGCAAAUGACGAGCAUGUUGUGUGCGAGCAAAACUCAUCACUCCAUAUCUACAGCGCCUGGACGAGAAAUAAGCAAAUCCCCGCUACUACUUACUCAUAUCUCGACCAAACUCGACACGAAAAAAGAAAACAAACGAUGCAAACAAUAAAACAAAAAAGAGAAAAGAAACAUUCAAACGACACAACACCGACGAAAUUGGAACAAAGUGAAAUUCGAAACAACAUUCAAACAAUUGUCGAAUGAUACAAAACUAGUUUAAAACAAUAAACUUAUUUAUCAAAAAAAUAAUAAUCCAUCAUUUUCUGUUUUCUUCUGUUGUGCGGAAUCAAUCCUUUGGCAUCGCUUUGGGUUUAUCCUGCACACGAGCAUGUGAAAAUUCUACUUCUUUGUUUUCCAAUUCGCGCAGCUUUUCGCCUUGCUUUUCGUUUCACCUCAUGAUUUUCAACUCAUCAGAAAGAAAAUUUAACCACGAUUUGUAGGCAGCACAUACGGCGACGCCAGUAACCAGUAGUAGUGUUAUAGAAUAAUUUACCAUCAAAUACAAUAGUAGUAGUGCGUUUCAAGUUGCUUCAUUGAUGAAAUCCAAUUAACAGAAAUAAAGAAAUACGAUACAGCAGGUCUCUAAUUUUGUGAGUACGUACUAUACAUACAUGCCCACACACACACACAUCCACAAAAAACACGGUAGCAAACGUUUGCAGUUGUCGCUUAAAAAAAAGUUUUCAAUUUUUUGCCAAACUAUUAAGGACAAGACAGGAAACAAAGUUGGCAGCAGAGGCGUCAAAAUUCAAUUGUCACUCAAUCAAUUUGCACGCAAGUUCGAAACGCAUUCACAUCGACAAAUACACCUUCACACAACCAUACAGAAGCAUGAACAUCAGCGAACAACCAGCCAGGCAUGCAAACUUGAAUGAUUCGAUUUGAUAUACCGAUAGAAGUAGGUCAGUGUGACAGUCAGAAUUCGGCCGGCAUCCGUUGUGGAGAGGGCCAAUACAAGAACAGAACAAAAAUCAGAAAAAAAUGGAACGAGACAGUUAUACAACCGAUAUAUACAUAUAUUGAAUUUGCAAUAUACAUCAGGAUUAACGAAAAACCGAG